AUGGCUGACGUGCCACCUCCUUCCUUGUCCGAGCUUAUGCGGAUGGUAACCGAGCUACAGCAAGCCAACCAACGAAUGGCCGAUGAAAAUCAGAUAAUGGCUGCUCAAAUCGCUGAACUGAACCAUGUUCGGAUAGAACAUAACGAUACUCAUCACCAACAGCCAGAGGAUAAUGAGCAUCAUUCCCAGCCCUCUCACGUCUCGGAGACUGUCCGAGCUGACGAAAUUCAACCCGAAGAUAAAAAGGAAGAGUCCGACGAACUUGUAGGACCCUUCACAGAAGAAGUGAUGAACUUCGAGUUGCCAAAGAGAUUCACCCUGCCACUAAUCCUCACACCUUAUGAUGGGCUUGGAGACCCGAAGAAAUUCCUCAAAAAGUUCCGAUCAAUAAUGAUCGUCAACGGUGCAUCAGAUACUGUUUUAUGCCGUUGUUUUCCAAAUUAUUUAGACGGCCCUGCACUUGAUUGGUUGUGUGCUUUGCUUGCAGGUUCUGUUUCGCGCUUUCAGCAACUGGCCAAGUUAUUCGAGGAACAUUUCGCAGGAUCUGCAAUUUAUUUGCACGACUCGGAUUAUCUUAAUACAAUCAAGCAAGGACAAAAUGAGAGCUUGAAGGAGUACAUGACUCAUUUUACGAAGAUUGCCAUAAGCAUACCAGACCUUCACCCCGAGGUCCAUCUCCACGCGAUCAAAAGUGGACUCCGACCAGGAAAGUUCCAAGAAACCAUUGCGGUAGCAAAGCCGAAGACCCUUGCCGAGUUCCGCAAAAAAGCUAAAGGUCAAAUCGAUAUCGAGGAACUCAGACAAGCUCGGAAGUCGGACAAAACAAUCUACAGAGACGAACAUAAGGCGCCGAGCAGUAAGCAAAAUUUUAAACUAACCCCUCGGUUUGAUUCUUAUACGCAGUUCAAUACCAGGAGAGAGGACAUAAUAAAGAAAAUCCUGAAUUCAAAAUUGAUCAAGCCUCUGAGAAAGGCUGGCACCUACCAAGAUACUAAACACGCAGACAAAUCCAAGUAUUGCGCAUUCCACCAAAAGCACGGUCACACCACCGACGAUUGUGUGGUCGCCAAAGACCUCCUAGAGAGAUUGGCUCGGCAAGGUCACCUUGACAAGUAUAUUGGAGGUCACAUCCAAAAGCGCACGGCGAUCUCUACAAACAGUGACAUAACCGAACAGCAACACCGAGGAAAAGAAAAGGUAACGCCAAACAAUUACGAAAAGCCUCGGGGAAUAAUCAAUUAUAUUUCAGGAGGGUACGCCGGUGGAGGAUCCUCAAGCUCGUCAAGAAAAAGAUCAUUCCGAGCAAUAUGCUCGUUAGAAGGACCGCAAAGCGAGGUUGAGAAUUCAGCACAACUCCCACAAGUCACAUUUACACAAGCAGACUUUAAGUCUAACAUACAGAACCUGGAUGAUCCCGUGGUUAUCACUCUUCAGUUGGGAGACCUACUGGUCAAGAAAGUACUUCUAGAUCCUGGAAGCAGCGCAGACGUCUUAUUCUAUUCGACGUUUCAAAAAAUGAAGCUCAGUAACAACAUUCUCCAGUCAACAGGGGGAGAUCUGGUCGGAUUCUCGGGCAAACGAGUUCCAAUAAUGGGAUCAGUGUGGUUACAAACCCUACUGGGUGAGCAUCCUCUUUCAAAAACUUGUGAUAUUCAAUAUCUAGUAGUAGAUUGCUUCAGUCCAUAUAAUCUUAUCCUUGGCCGCCCUUUCUUAAACAAGUUCGGCGCCAUUGUAUCUACAGUACACCUGUGUGUUAAGUUUCCCUUGCAGGACGAUCAUGUUGUCACAAUCCAUGGCGAUCAUAAAGAAGUUCGGCAUUGUUACAACGUCGGCAUGAAAUUCCAAAUUCAUUCGAAGCAACAAGUUAACAAUGUCGAUCUUACAAAAAAUAGUUCGGCAUUAGCCGACCUAGAUCCAAGAACAGACUUCCGAGAAUGA